AUGCAGCUCACGAGGUUUAAGUGUGGCGGAACGUCAGUGGGCCUAAGUUGGGCCCAUGUUCUUGGAGAUGCGUUCUCAGUUGCAGAAUUCAUGGACACGUGGAGUAAAGUGGCCGCGGGUCAUCAGCUAGCCCAGCCCAUCAACUUAGCCCAACCAGUCAUCAAGAGUCCAGAUUCUCAAAGCCCGCCCAAAAUUGAUCAGGAAUUGAUUUCUGUGAAACGAGUGGGCCCAAUUGGAGAUCACUGGAUCACUACUAAUGCCUGCAAAAUGGAAACAUUUUCAUUCCACGUUAGUCCCUCACAAUUGAACGACUUACAUUCUAAUAUAAGCGGCAAGAAGGGCAGUAGUGGAAUUUCACCAUUUGACUCUCUUUGUGCUAUCAUUUGGCAAAGUGUUGCCAAGGUUAGAGAUGGGACUGAGCCCAAAGUAGUGACAAUUUACCGGAAGGAUCCAAAUAUGCAGAAAUAUGGAAUUGUGAGCAACAGUCAAGUUAUAAGCUCGGUUAUGGCGGGUUAUUCCAUAAGGGAUGCAGACCCUAUGGAACUAGCUGCAUUGAUAAAAAAUCAAGCUGUCGACGAGCGGAAAAAGAUUCAAGAAGCAAUGGAGAGAGAUCGUGGAUUGUCCGAUUUUAUCAUGUACGGGGCAAACUUGACUUUCGUGAAUUUAGAGGAGACAGAUUUUUAUGGAUUCGAAAUGAAGGGAGAAAAACCUAUCUUUGUGAGCUAUACCAUUGAUGGUGUAGGCGACGAGGGGUUGGUUUUGGUGCAACCGGGACCGAUAAAUGCAGGCAAGGAUGGUAGUGCAGGACGGAUUGUGACCAUAACAGUGCCAGAGAAUGAGGUUUUGGAGCUGAAAUCUGAGCUUGAAACAGAAUGGUCUAUUGCUUGAAAGAAUUCUUAGAGAAAAGCAUAGUGUGAUCAGUGGCUUAGUAUGUGGUAUGGAAACUUUUGGGCUCAUAUGGAGGAGUGGACUAGGCAAGGCAGUGGGCCUGGCCUCUUUUAAUAAAUAUCAAUGGCGUUUUAUGUGUGGGUACAAUUUUUUUAGAUUUAUUUGAGAAGAAGUGUACGGAUAAAUAUUUUACUCUAUUAAGUUCAAUUUUAAUAAAAUAUCUUGUGAUUAGGUAUAAAAUUCAAAUGACAUUUGAAUUUUUUUGCUUACUUAUCAUUCCUUAAUUUAUGCAUUAUUUUAAUUC